AGUACAUAUAGUGGUUAAUAUUUUAAUCUGUGGUUUUACAUUUUGCUUUUUAAAUUUCUAUAAUAUUUUUAAGACAUUAAAAAAAAAAAAAAAAAUAAAACUGAUAAAAUGAGUCACUUGAGGCUCUCUGUCGCCCUCUACCGGCUCUACAGUAACCUGCUGUCCGGACAGUGUGGGUGGGUUCCUCCCCGGCGGUAGUUGAGUAAACUGGUUCUACAGACCCGAGGUGCUGCUGGAGCUCCACGAUGAAUAUGUAACUAAACUCGUUAACCGCGCCUACUAGUUCACUUUAUAACUCUGGCAAAUCCAACAAAUAAUGCAUGAUCCAACACCAGUCUGUUUGUUGUAGCCUCAGUUAACCUGCUUUCAUCCUUGUGCUUGGAGUGAGAAGACAAAUGGGGGGAAUCAUGGAAAACGUGAAACAGUUUCUUCAGAGAGUGGAGCUCAACAACUGGACCGCGGCACUACUGACGGCUGCUGCCUGCGGUGUGGGAGCUCUGGUGGUUCUGGUUCAGAAGGUCUACAGCCACCAAGAGAUGCAAGACAAGAUGCAGAGAGCCAGAAACCGGAGAGCACACAGCCUGCAGCGGGCUGAACAGGCUGUUCUCCAGUACAAGAAGUCGCAUCCAGUGACCGACUCUGCUUUCAUCUUGUCGCUGUCUCUGUCUGAGCUGACGAAGAACCUGCAGGACGGCUCGCUGAGCCCCGAGGACGUGUUUUACUCUUACAUGGAAAAGACUCUGGAUGUAAACAAAGAUCUCAAUUGCUGCACCGGGAUCUUGUUGGAGAGUUUUGACCAGCUGAAAACGGUUGCCUCCUCCAACAAGCGAGGUCUCUUGUAUGGAGUUCCAGUUAGCAUCAAAGAAAACUAUGCAUACAAGAAUUAUGACUCGUCUUGCGGUUUGAUCAUUAAUCUGGACCAGCCUGCCCAGGAGGACAGCGUGCUUGUUAAAGUUCUCAAGAGACAAGGAGCUAUUCCCUUUGUGAAAACCAACAUUCCCCAAACAUUAUUGAAUUAUGACUGUGGGAACCCCAUCUAUGGGCAGACGGUGAACCCCCACAACCUCCAGAAGACCAGCGGAGGUUCGUCCGGUGGGGAGGGGGCUCUCAUCGCUGCCGGGGGCUCCCUGCUUGGUUUUGGCAGUGAUGCAGGGGGUAGUGUCCGUCUUCCUGCCUCAUUCUGUGGGAUCUGUGGCCUCAAGCCAACAGCACGUCGGCUUAGUUCACGGGGCUUGAGACCCAUUUAUAGAGGGCAAAAAUCAGUGUCGUCAAGUCCUGGACCACUGGCGAGGGAUGUGGAAAGUCUGGCACUGUGUAUGCAGGCUCUGCUCUGUGACGACAUGUUUUCUUUGGACCCCACCAUUCCACCCAUACCUUUCAAUAUGCAGAUAUACCAGAGCUCCAAACCUCUCAGGAUCGGUUACCUAGAAAACGACGGCCACACACAACCGUCUCCAAGCAUGGCCCGAGGCGUCAGAGAGGUCAAAGCUCUGUUAGAGCAAGCAGGGCACACUUUGGUGCCCUACACUCCUCUGAGGGUCAAUGACAUUCUAACUGAUCUUAUCAUAAGGGGUUUCUUCGCAGACGGAACUACCUCCCUGCUUCAAAAACUGAAGGGGGGCCCUCUGGACCCCUGUCUCAGACCCCAGGUUCUCCCUUACUACCUUCCUACGUGGUUGAAGAAAACCCUCUCAUUCCUCCUCAAGCCCCUGUCUCCUCGUGGUUCUGCCAUGCUCAGUGCUCUCUCUGGAAUUGGAUCUGUUGCAGAUCUGUGGAAGCAGCAUGCUGCUGUUGAGGACUACAUUCAGGAAACAAUAGCAGAUUGGAGAAGAUGCAACAUAGACGUGCUGCUGUGCCCUGUGACCGGACCAGCCUAUAACUUCCUCUACUGUGGCAAGCUUUUCAAUGCUAUCUCUUACACAGUACUUUACAAUCUACUCACCUUUCCUGCUGGCGUUGUUACUGUUUCCACGGUGACGGCAGAGGAUGAGGAGGAACUCAAGCACUAUAAGGGCAUUCAUCAGGACCACUGGGAAAAGCUCUUCAAACAGGCUGUGUCUGGAGCUGAGGGUCUGCCCGUGGCGGUACAGUGUGUCGCCCUGCCGUGGCAGGAUGAGCUCUGCCUGCGCUUCAUGAAGGAGGUGGAACAACUGGUCAAUCAGAGCAAAAAGUAAGGCCUGGAGGCCACAUGUUGGGCUGCUAACUUCAGGGUCUUCAGGUCAAAUUAGCUUUGAAUACACCCAGUGAAUGUGAAAACACAAACAACUACACCUGUUAGCCGCAUUAUAACAAAAUGAAAUAUGAGUAGAAGUUAACACAAUUACUAUUGCUUUAGCAAAGGUAGUUGAGUUCUUGAAAAUCUUUAAUAUUUUGAGUUUCACUCUUCUGCUCUACAAGGAUAAACUCAGGCAUUUUCUGCUCUUUGGCUUUUUAGGGCCAUAAUAAAGAUUUAAUAAAUGUUAACCAUGAAAUGGUUAAAGGGGACAUAUCAGGUUCAUACUUGUAUUUUGGGUUUCUACUAGAACAUGUUUACAUGUUUUAAUGUUCAAAAAACACUUUUUUUUUUUAUUCUUACUGUCUGUCUGAUUAAACCUCUGUUUGAAACACUAAAAGAUUGUGCACCUUUGCAAAGGUAGUUCUCAAGCAGUAGGUGGUAUAUGCCUGCAUGUGACGUAGGAAGGUGAGCCAAAUCUGAAUGGCUUGUUGAAUCACAUGUCUUCUGAUUUAGGCAGCCCACAAAAAACUGACUGGGUUGUCUUAUUUCACAGUUUGUAGGUUGGUAGACACUCCAGAUACCCAAAAGAGAGUUUUUCAUAUGUUCCCCUUAAAGUUGACAUUCAUGUUUACUGAUUGAAAAAGUUCUUUCCUUCCUUGUUUAUCUCUUUCAUUGAGAAACCUCAAGAUUUUAACACUUUGUUUUGUUUGUAUUGUAUUGUAUUGAUAACAUAAACUUAGACAUUGUUUGCUUUUAAUAAACAUAUUUGCUUUAAAAUUAAGAGUCUGACAUCACAGGCAUGAUUAGAUGAUCUUUAUAUUUAUUUUUUGGCGAAAAUCAGCAUCCUGUUUGGACAUUAGUAUGUGUGAAAUAAGUCUUUGUUUGUCUAAACAAAAACUGACAGCUUUCUAUGAUAGGAUGAGUGAGAAUAAAAUAAAGUGACUGAUUUCUCAUAAAGGAACUG